CACACACACACAUACACAUACACAAACACAAACACACACCUCUCCAAGCUCUUAAAAGGCGUCAAAACCCGCUCCCCUUCUCCUCCCACAACCUCAUUUACUCGCCAUUUCUCUUGAGAUUCUCUCAAAACCUCACUCCCCUUCGAUUUGGGCUCGUAGGUUUUGCUCCACAGCAGCUUUGGGCUUCUGCUGCUUCGCAAAGUUGCCUCCUUUGUGAGCGAUCCUUCCUCUGUCGCAGGUCCUCCUCGCCAUUUCCCGAUCCGGGUCCCUGAGAUCUCCUCAAAAUCUUGCUUUUCGUUGAUCUGAGCUCGUGUGUUGUGUAGUAGAGUUGGGGGGGUGAUGGAGCUGAGCUGUGUGCAAUUGAAGGCCAAUUCGUGCGUGGGCCAAGCAAAAGGAAGAGUCUUUAGCAGUGGGGAGAGUGGGAUUUGGGGAGAUGGGUUGGGAGCUGGUUUGGUGAAUAAGCCAUGUGGGGCUAAACUUGGGGGGAGGAGGAGGAGGAGGAGGAUGAGCUUCAGCUGCAGAGCUUGUGUUGGAGUUAGCAGAGCUGGGACUGCAUUGAGUGUUCUCACCUCUGAUGCUGAACAAGAGACUAGGGUUAUUGAGGCGCCGACGUUGAGAGAUUGGAAGGCUGAUCCGAAGAGUGUUGCUUCCAUCAUACUUGGUGGAGGGCCGGGGAAGCAGCUUUUCCCUCUCACUAGCACAAGAGCUACUCCUGCUGUUCCUGUCGGAGGAUGCUACAGGCUUAUCGAUAUUCCGAUGAGCAACUGCAUAAACAGCGGCAUAAAUAAGAUCUUUAUCAUGACCCAGUUCAACUCAGCUUCGCUGAAUCGCCACAUCUUUCGCACUUACAACUUCGGGAAUGGCAUCAACUUCGGGGAUGGAUUUGUUGAGGUUUUGGCCGCCACACAAACACCUGGAGAAGCAGGAAUGAACUGGUUUCAGGGAACAGCAGAUGCCGUGAGAAAAUUUACUUGGGUUUUUGAGGAUAACAAGAACAAGAACAUCGAGCACAUAUUAAUUUUGUACGGAGACCAUCUAUAUCGUAUGGACUACAUGGACUUUAUUCAGAGACAUAUUGAUACCAAUGCUGAUAUUACGGUCUCCUGUGUUCCUGUCGGCGAUAGCCGGGCAUCUGAUUAUGGUUUGAUGAGGAUUGAUAAGUCGGGACGCAUUGUCCAUUUUUCCGAGAAACCCACAGACGCCAAUCUCGAGGCUAUGAAAGUCGAUACCACUUUUCUCCGGCUCUCUCAUCAAGAUGCUCUCAAAAAUCCCUACAUUGCAUCGAUGGGAGUUUACGUCUUCAAAAGAGACGUCCUUCUAAAGCUCCUGAAGUGGAAAUAUCCAAAAUCGAAUGACUUUGGAUCGGAAAUCCUUCCUUCAGCUGUACAGGAUUAUAAUGUUCGGGCGUAUCUGUUUAAUGAUUACUGGGAGGACAUUGGGACAAUCAGAUCAUUUUUCGAUGCUAAUUUGUCGCUGACGGAUCAGCCUCCGAAGUUCCAGUUCUAUGACCCAAGCACACCCUUCUACACUUCGCCUCGCUUUUUGCCGCCGACCAAAAUAGAGAAGUGCCGGGUCAAGGACGCCAUCAUUUCGCAUGGAUGCUUCUUGCGUGAAUGUGGUGUCGACCGCUCCAUUGUUGGAGUGCGCUCGCGCAUCGAUUAUGGCGCCGAGCUCAAGGACACCAUGAUGAUGGGUGCUGAUCUCUACGAAACCGAAGCCGAAAUCGCUUCUAUGCUGGCGGAGGGAAGGGUACCCAUGGGUGUAGGGCAAAAUACGAAGAUCAGGAACUGCAUCAUCGACAUGAAUGCCAGGAUAGGAAAGAACGUGAUCAUCGCGAACAAAGAUGGAGUUGAGGAAGCCGAUCGGCCGGAAGAUGGAUUUUACAUCCGAUCGGGGAUCACAAUAGUUCUGAAGAAUGCGACAGUAAGAGACGGAACGAUCGUGUAGAUGUUAUGCUUCGGACAGCUUCGGGUCGGGGCUCAAGAGAAUGGUAGUAAAAGAAGCUUCGAAGAGAGGAAGAUCGCCGCGAUACUACCUUGUGUUAAAGACAAUGUCAGCUGAACUUUCUUUCGCCGUCUGUUCAUAUGUUAGCAGUAAUAAUUUGCUCCAGUAAGCCUAUCCAUGUAUAUGUAAGAUAAGUUGCUAUUGCUUAUUUCCGAACUUGUUAGAUGUCAAAUAAUGUUUUGGGGCAGUUUGCUUAUGUUUUGUAAAUAAGUUUUAAUUAUUAGAGAA